AUGACCGAUAUCGUGGUCGCGCAGAUGAUCGGAACGCUCGGCUGCGGCUACGUAGCUGGCGGGAUGAUGGGCCUUUCCCUGGUUACCAUCCCUGUCCUCGUUAUCCCUGCACGUCAUCCAUCGACGGGUGCGCGCAAGACUUCGGGGACUUCCGCUGCACACCUCUCCCAUCAAUGGCUCAAUGCCUACAAUCGCGGAUUGUCAAUCUACCCCCCGACCGCAGCGGUCUCGUCCCUGGCAAAUGCCUAUCUUGCCUGGGUGCUGCGUGAUGCUCCCGCCCCGACUGCCGUCAACUAUAGUUGGGGCAGUAUCUAUGCCACGGCCGCAGUCAUCACGAUGGGAAUUAUGCCCUGGACGUUUCUUGUAAUGUGGCCCACCAAUACGAAGCUCAUGGCACAUGCUGCCCGUGAUGAUGCGGCGUUGGCUGAGGGGACCAAGGGGAUGGUGGUUAACGAGCAGGAGAAGGCGAAGCGAGCUCGGGAUGACCAAGAUGUGCCUGCGCUUGUAGAGAAGUGGGGAGAGCUGAACUUCUAUCGGUCCUUGUUUGUUGUGGCUGGGGCGGUGAUUGGGUUCUGUGGUGUUGUUUGGAUGGAAUGA